AUGACAAAUCAUCAAAAAGUAAGAAUUGUUCCUGAUCAUCCAAAUGAAAAGGAGGAUUUCAUGAUAGGGGACUAUUUGCCAAUACUUGCAAAAGAUUACAGAACACUCACAAUUAUGGCAAAACGUUUCAAGAAAGUAUCUCUUCUCCAUGGUGAAAUGCUAAAAGAAAUGGAAUGCAUUCUUGCCAGAUAUCCCCAUUCUCAAUCAUGUGAUUCAACAAACCAGCAACAUGUUGAAUAUUCACCUCCUUUUAAUGUAAACCCGCCCUUCUCAUUCAUGAAUCCAAAUUGUCCAGCAGCAGGACCACCUUUUCCAAUGUUUGCCACACCAAAUGCUACUACAAACAACUUGAUUGAUUUUGGAGUCCUAUUAAGUCAAAACAACGAAUCAAUGAAUUUACCACUACAACAAGAAAUUAACUGGGAGAAUUGUCAUCUACAUUUGGAUGUGGAAGAGAUUCAGGAUAUAUAUUUCAACGAUUACCAAUAA